AUGGUGCCGACGGGCACCACAGACCCGUUGCUUCAUGAAGACAUUUAUACCGACCUCCUCACUUUCACCUUCUGUGGCCCAACGUCUUACAACCAGAACCAGCCGUUGUUCAUUGACGCCGAGGAUCCCUCGCGGUCUUUCACCGCGGCCCAGUUCCGACAGCUGGUUCGGACUCUGAUCGCCGGUUUCAAGGCGCAGAAUGUGCAGCCGGGCGAUUGUGUGUUGCUGCACCUAGGAAAUAGCAUCUUGUAUCCCGCGCUCUUCUUUGGGAUUAUCGGCGCCGGCGGCGUGUACAUGGGCUCCAACCCUCGCAGCCAGCCCCAGGAACUGGACCACAUCGUGGGUCUGGCUGAGCCCAAGCUCAUCCUCACCACCAAAGAGGCGCUGCCCACAGUGCUGGAGGUGGCCGCGGGGCGCGGGCUGAGCUCGGACCAGGUGUGCCUGGUCGAUGAGCGGGCUGUCGACCACUGCGCGCAGCUCUUCCUGUGGUACGAACUAGGGUUCCCGGCCCCGGCCCCGGGCCAGUUCUUCUCGCGGACCGGCGCGGACGCGCACGCCUUCAAUCUGGCGCACCUGCUCUGCCAUGGCGAACGUGACUGGCGCAUGUUGACGGACAAGGCCACGGUGCAAUCCACGCCGGCGGCCAUGUUCUCGACCAGCGGCACCGGCGGCCUGCCCAAGGCCGGGGUCCUGUCGCACCAUGCGCUCGUGUCGCAUCACCGCUCCAUCCAAUAUGACACGCCGUUCCCCGUCAGCCGGCUGAUGUCGCUGCCCAUGUUCCAUCUCUUCGGCGCGCUGUGGACCCACCUGUUCCCCGUCCGCUACGGCCACCCGCUCUUUGUCCUGCCGCGCUUUGAGAUCUCCCAGUUCUUUGCCACCGUCCAGCGCUUCCAGAUCUCCGAGACGUACCUGGUCCCGGCUAUUGUCCAUGCCAUCAACCGCUCUCCGCUGCCGGUCUCUGAGUAUCUGGCGUCGCUGCGCUAUGUCGGCGUGGCGGGUGCUCCCAUCGACGGGCCGUCCAUGCAGGAGUUUGGCAACCUGCUUCACCCGUUCGCCUUUGCCCACCAGCUGUGGGGUAUGACCGAGGUCGGUGUCAUCUUCCAGAACCGCUACGGUCAGCACGGUGACCCUGGCAGCAUUGGAUCUGUUCUGUCCGGGUAUGAGGUGCGGCUGGUCGACCACGACGGCAACAUUGUGCACGAGGACAACUGUGCAGGCGAGCUCUAUGUCCGAGGCGCUGGUCUGCUUCUGGAGUACAAGGGCCGCACGGAUGCCAAGGACCAGCAGGGCUGGUUCCGUACCGGAGAUGUGGUAUACAAGCAACAGGGUCAAUACUUUAUUGUGGGACGAACCAAAGAGCUUAUUAAAGUGCGAGGAUGGCAAGUGGCCCCAGCAGAACUCGAAGCCGUACUCCUCCAGCACCCGGGGGUGUGCGAUGCCGCCGUCACGGGAGUCGAUCUGAAAGACGGGGCUGGCGAGGUACCGCGCGCCUUUGUGGUCCGCACGCGCGAGCCAGUCGUCAGUCGGCUUACAGUUGAAGAAGUCUAUCGGUUCUCGCGCGAGCGGUUGGCCAGCUACAAAGCGCUCGACGGCGGUGUGGUCUUCGUGGAGGAGAUCCCCCGCACGGCCAGUGGCAAGAUUCAGCGAUUUAAGCUCUCGCAGAUGAACUCGUACCGCGAGAUGGUGGCAUCGCUGUUGUCUCGGUUCGAGGGCGACGAGGCUGCCCCCACGUUGGCUCCGAAUCCCGAGAUUUCAUCGGUCGGCAUUAUUAUGCCCGAGGGUCGUGUCACCGGGUAA